AUGGAAAGUCAUUACUCAGACUCCGUCAAUUAUGACAAAACUGAAGUUGCAAAGGAGAACGAAGGGUUGUACAAAGAGGCCCCCAAGAUUACAUGGUCCAAUAUUUGUCACUACCUAGCUACUCGGUUCCCAACACUCGUCGAUAUCCCGGUGAUGAAACAGCCACUCCCCUGGUACCAAGUACUCAACCCCAUCCCUGGUUUGAAGCUGAUGAAUGCUUCUCAUUGGAAUUUUUACAUGUUGGGGUGGUUAGCCUGGGUGGUUGAUUCAAUGGACUUUUUCUGUGUGCUGGCUUCAGCGACUGACAUCGCAAAGACUUUAAAUGUCGACACCACUCAAAUUACCUGGGGGAUAACCUUAGUGUUGAUGUUGAGAACUGUGGGUUCCAUUAUUUUUGGUGUAAUGGCUGACACUUAUGGACGCAAGAAGCCUUAUAUUGUGAUUUGUGCAUUAUUUAUUGUUGUUGAACUCGGGACUGGGUUUGUGAAGACCUAUUCGCAAUUUCUUGGGGUGAGAGCUUUGUUUGGUGUACUUAUGGGUGCAAUGUACCCGAUUGCACUGGUAACUGCACUCGAAAACCAGCCCCCAAAGGCUAAAUCAAUUGCACUGGGUUUAUUCUUGCCAGGUUACAAUGUUGGGUUCAUUUUUGCUACGGUCUUUUACCGUGCAUUUGAGUUCACUAAGUACAGCGGUCGGCUCGGUGAAGGGUGGAGAAACUUGUUUUUCUUCUCGGCUGGUUUGCCCGUCCUCUUGAUUGCUUGGAGACUCAUGGUGCCAGAGCUGCCCGCGUUUGUCAAAAUGCACAAGGCGAAGCAGAAGGCUGCUGCUAAGCGUAAGCAAGAUAUUGAGGAAGGAAAGAUCCUGAGAAAGCUGCAGUUGUUAGACAAGUUGCACAUCGAUCCCACUUUAAUUCAGUCACUCAAAAGUGAAUGGUUGACUAUCAUUAUGUUGAUUUUCGUGAUGUCCCUUUACAACUUCAUCUCCCAUGGCACUCAAGACUUGUAUACAACCUUCUUGGUCAAGCAAAGAGGAAUUGGACCGGAUAUGAGAACUGUAACUGUUGUCGUUGUUAAUUUGGGGGCUGUUUUUGGUGGUAUCUUUUUCGGUCAAUUGUCGGAACUUUUGGGCAGACGGUUGACCAUCAUUAUUUGUCUUGUCUGGUCGGGCGCUUUCCUUUACCCGGCUUUCAUGUUGAAGAACUUGGGAGGAAUCAUCCCUUCUGGAUUCUUUCUUCAAUUUGGGGUAAUGGGUGCUUGGGGUGUGGGACCUAUUUACAUUAUGGAAGUGGUUGGCCACGCUCAUCGAGCUUUGAUCUCGGGAACUUGUUACCAGCUUGGUAACCUUGCUUCCUCAGCGUCGCUGACGAUUGAAGCCACCUUAGGAACACUGUUCCCGUUGGGCAACGGUCUUUAUGAUUAUGGUAAGGUCAUGGCUAUUUUUUGCGGAGCGAUUUUCGGUGCCAUGAUCAUUGUGAUCUUCUUUUCCUACGAAAGAUUCAACCAGCAAUUGGUUAUGGACGACGAUGACAUGUCCACCAUCCAUUACGAUCACGAGUCCGUUGAACUCAGCGAAGAAGCCGAGAAGUCCUCACCAGUGGUAGAAGAAGAGGAAGUGCGUAAGACCUAG